AUGCAGAUCCAAGCAAUUGUUCUCCUCUUUGCCGCUACGGUCUCCGCCUGGCAAUGCUUCGACCACGACGAACAUUUCACCACAAACCAGGCCCAGCUGGCUGAAGGCAGUGAUCCCAACAACCAGUGGGGAUACUGCCCAAUCAAGACCGGAUGUUGCGCGGAUGGCAAGACAUGGUACGCCUGCAAGAACAAGAUGACCGAUAAAGCACCGCGUUUUGUCAACAUCCGCAAUUAG